AUGCCUACAUAUAGGACGUAGAGAAGUACAUACGUAUACAUAUACGCGCUCAAGUUGACUGAGACUACUCAGUGGUCAUUCGAUCUGCUAAAAAUAGCAAUCAAAUUGCCCUCCAUCUGACUCUCCUCACUGUCUGCAUAAUCACAGACACUGAUUAACGGGUAGUAUCAUACAUCUGCUCAAUAAGGACCGAUCCAGCGCCAAAUCGCUACUACAUGCAAAUAUUUACAGUAAACAAUUUAUACUAGUUUUAUACUAUACAAUUGCGCACGCAAACUCAUAAGCAAACAUAGAUGCGUUGAUUGAUACACAUAUCCACACACUUACACGCAUGUAUAUUCACAUAUAUACUGAUACAAAUAGGCACACAUACACAAAUUUUACUAACUGAAUAACUAACCGACAUUGCGUCGUGGUGGGUUUCGCUGAAAUCUUGCAGUGGCUUGGAGGUCAACUUUAAUGCAAUGUUUAGAACAAUGCAACAGGUAGGAGAAAAAGAGAGUGGAAGCGGGGAGAGGAAAUUAUAUUGAGAGAGUAGGAGUGAUAGGAAGGGGCAAAGUAGGAAGAAGUAAAACAUUUCAUUGAGAGAGUGAGGAAAGGAGAGAUAGGAAGAAAAAGAUAGUUUGAGAGAGUGGGAGAAAAAGAGAAGUAGGAGAGAAAGGAGUUAGUUUGAGGAAGUGGGGAGGGAGAAAGAUUAAGAGAUAGAGGGGGAGUUAAGUUGAAAGAGUGUGGGAUAAGAGAUACGUAGGUAAAGAGAUAGGUUGAGAGAGCGGGGUAGAUAUAUAUAUAUAUAUAUAGAAAGAACACGGAAAUUAGGUUAAGGGAGUUGGGGAAAGAGAGGCACAGAACUUUGAGAUGAUUCAACUCUAAGUAGCAGGAAUACCUGCUUUGUCUAUCGACAGGAAAAUUGUAUCGAACUUAACUUAUCUCUCACCUCUCUCUCUCUCUCUCUCUUUCUCUCUACUCCUCCUCCAGCAACAGCGACACCACCACCACCACCAUCACCACAACCUUCUCUCUUCUCCAACCAAGUUAUAUCAGAUUUUGUUUCCAUUUCCUCUACGAUGGAAACCAUCCCCAGAGGUGACAGCGAGGAGAUGAUUCCUUCCAAAUGGAAUCGAUUUAGCCAGCUAGCCAGUAACUGCAGAAAACCUUUCCAAACGAAAUAUCAUCCACGUCCAGAUAAACCUGAAAGUUUUCGUCACAGUCUCAAGUACGCCUUCUUGUGCCCUCCACACGGUGAACUCGCUCGCUAUUUGUCCUACAUCAUAUCGCUUGCAUUACUGUGGUUGGUGUGUUUGGCUAUUUCACCACAACAAGCAUUACCUGGUUCUAAUGUAUUCUCUCUCAUUGUGUUGUACACUGCUGCAGCACUUGCUGGAAAACUGGUCACUAUCCUUCGAUUACCUUCCAUGGUAGGUAUGUUUUUGGUCGGGGUACUUGUGAGAAAUGUACCCCAUAUUAACAUUGCCCAACAUAUUCUACCCCACUGGACAUCAUGUCUCAGGAACUUUGCAUUAACCAUUCUGCUUCUUCGAACUGGUUUCAAGAUAAUGUCAAUUCGGAGAGGUUCUAGCAAUAUCUUCUAUCGCCUGCAUUCAUUGCCAUUUGCAGUUGAACUUUUCACCUCUGCUUGUAUGUACAGAUUUAUUACAAAAUUACCUUGGUCAUGGAGUAUAUCUUUAGGAAGUAUUAUCAGUUCAGUAUCGCCAUCCAUCAUAUUAACACUGCUGCUUCAAAUACAGAACCUGCGACAUACCAACAGCAUUCAGUCACAAAUUGCUGCUGCACUCAUUGUCAACAAUAUCUUUGCUGCAGUAAUUGUUGCAAUCACGUGGUCUACAGAAAAUAAUGCGGCAAACAUCAUUCUGAAAUUAUUGGAACCAUUUGGAGAAAUUCUUGUUGGAGUUAUUGUAGGAAUUCUUCUGUGCUAUAUUCCACCUGAAGAUUUUGUUCACAAUUUAUUCUUCCGUUGUGUCUUUCUGGUUGGUUCCAGUGCUUUGGUAUUGUUCACCCUUUCUGCCGUUCACCAGACAUUUGUUGGUCACCUUGCUGUCCUCGUUCUCAGCUAUGUAGCAGCCUGGGGGUGGAAGAAAGGACUUAAGACCAAUCAGAUGCUCUUGCAUAAAGUGGAUGCCAUACUGAAUACACUCUGGCUAUUUUGUCAGACACUGCUGUUUGGCCUCAUGGGCUGUGAUGUCAACUUAUCUGUGAUCAAUGCCAGAAUACUUGGUUUUGUAUUUGUAUGUUUGUUCACUGGUCUCUUAGUGCGGUUUGUGAUAUCGUAUGUUGUGAUGGUUAGGACUCAGAUCACCAAGAGGGAACGGGUCUACUGCAGUUUGGCUUUGCUACCAAAAGCUGAAAGUCAGGUUCUAGCUGCAUAUAUUCUACAAAAUGCCCUUGAUCUAGGGGAUGAAAUUCUACAACCCUAUGGUUAUAUAGUUUUGAAGAUGACAGUGUUAGCCAUCCUUUUAACUGCACCAUUUGGGGCCACUCUGUUGCAUCUAUCAGGACGUUACCUCUUGAAGACCCCAACAGAGAGCAAUGAUGAGAGUAACAUAGCACUCGUUACAAGAAGAAAGUCAUCAGAAGAUUCUGUGGAAUCAUUAAAUGGGGAUGAUGUAACUUCUGAAGCUGAACAACAGUUUAUGGAUAUCAGCUUGUAAUAACUUGUUUGUAUGUGCAUGUGUGCAUGUAUGUGUGCAUGUAUGUGUGCAGAAACGUUAGCACGCCGGGCGAAAUGCUUAGCGGUAUUUCGUCUGCUGCUACGUUCUGAGUUCAAAUUCCGCCGAGGUCGACUUUGCCUUUCAUCCUUUCGGGGUUGAUUAAAUAAGUACCAGUUACACACUGGGGUCGAUGUAAUUGACUUAAUCCGUUUGUCUGUCCUUGUUUGUCCCCUCUGUGUGUAGCCCCUUGUGGGUAGUAAAGAAAUAGCAUGUAUGUGUGCAUGUAUAUGUAGCCGGGAGUAUUCGUGUGUGUGCAUGUAUGUAUGUGUGUGUGAGAAAGAUAGAGAGAGGACGUAUGUGAUUGUGUGUGAAAUUUUUUAUGCAAAUGUGCAGCAUUUUCCAGGUAUGACAAUAAAAGGUGUGUUUAAAAUGGUUUGGUGACAACCGGUACGUUGUUUAUAUUUAGUCUGAAAAACUUUUUUGUGUAUAUGUUCUUGUUUGGUUUCAUUUGUAAGAAUUGGUCUUGAAAAUAGAUUUGUAUAGGAGUGAAUGUCAAAGACUGGUCACAUUCAAAGGUUCAUAUUAAAAAUUCUGUUGAAUCCAAUUGGGAUUUCAUCUAGGUUGGUCAUAUUAAACAUAAGAAAUUAAUAUUAUGUAAGAAGUUAGUGUUAUGCUAUUGUUUGGUUUCAUUCAAGUGUAUAUAUAUAUGUAGCUGUGACAGGCCAAAUUUGUGUAGGAGUAUAGAUCAAAGAUAAAUAAAAAAACAAAAAUUAAAUUUAGUGGUUUUUGUCAAAGAAUUGCCUCUAAGAAGUCUUCUGCUUGCUUUGUGAAUAAAGAUGGGUAUUAUUA